GCUGCCGGGCGGGAAAUGGCGGCGCUGUCGGGCGGGGGGGCGGUGUCGGCGGCUGCCAGCACCGGCUGCCAGCACCGGCAGCCCCGUGGAGCGGCCCCGCCAGGCCCCGCCUGCUCGGCGGGUAGCGGGCGGUGCCCGCCCGGCCCUGGCUCACAGAUGGCGGCGCGGAGAGCGCGGGAUACCCGCGCGGGUUUCAGGCGGCCGGAGGCAGACCCGGGCCCAGCCGUGCCGCAGGGGCUGCUCCGGGCGGCGCGGAAGAGCGGGCAGUUAAACCUGGCGGGCCGGAGCCUCGGCGAGGUGCCUCAACAUGUGUGGCGGAUAAAUUUGGAUACUCCAGAGGAAGCUUAUCAGAAUCUCUCUUUUGGUGCUGCGGAUCGCUGGUGGGAGCAAACAGACCUGACCAAGCUGAUACUGGCCUCAAACAAGCUGCAGAGUCUGUCAGAGGAUGUCAAACUUCUGGCUGCACUCACUGUUCUGGAUGUGCAUGAUAAUCAACUGACAUCGCUUCCUUCUGCUUUAGGACAAUUAGAAAACCUUCAGAAACUUGAUGUCAGCCACAACAAACUGAGAAGUAUCCCAGAGGAGCUGACGCAAUUGCCACAUUUGAAGAGCCUUCUUCUUCAUCACAACGAGCUGACUCACUUGCCGGCAGGGUUUGGGCAGCUUGUCAAUUUAGAAGAACUAGAUCUGUCCAACAACCAUCUCACAGACAUUCCAACAAGUUUUGCUUUGCUCAUUAACUUAGUGCGUCUCAAUUUGGCCGGUAACAAACUCGAGAGCCUACCUGCAGAUAUCAGUGCCAUGAAAAGCUUAAGACAACUGGAUUGUUCUAAAAACUACCUGGAAACCGUACCUUCUAAAAUAGCAACUAUGGCAUCUUUGGAACAACUUUAUCUGAGAAAAAAUAAAUUACGUUCCUUACCAGAAUUUUCCUCCUGCAAGUUACUGAAGGAAUUACAUGCUGGUGAAAAUCAGAUCGAAACAUUAAAUGCAGAGAAUCUGAAGCAAUUGAAUUCCCUCUCUGUACUGGAACUUAGAGACAACAAGAUAAAAUCAGUUCCUGAUGAAAUUACUUUGCUUCAGAAGCUGGAGCGACUUGACCUGGCCAACAAUGAUAUCAGUAGGUUACCUUACACACUGGGGAACCUUUCUCAGUUGAAAUUCCUGGCAUUAGAAGGAAAUCCUUUGAGAACCAUUCGAAGAGACCUUCUGCAAAAAGGCACACAGGAACUUCUGAAAUAUCUAAGAAGCAAAAUCCAAGACGAGCCCAGCCCCACCGGAGAGCCCCCGGUGACUGCCAUGACCCUUCCCAGCGAGUCCAGGGUCAACAUGCACGCCAUAACCUCACUCAAAUUAUUGGAAUAUAGUGAGAAGCAGGCAGCCGUGAUUCCCGAUGAAAUGUUUGACGCGGUCAGAAGCCAUCCUGUCGCCACUGCCAACUUCAGCAAAAACCAGCUGAGUGAAGUUCCUCCAAGGAUUGUGGAGCUGAAGGACUCGGUUUGUGAUGUCAACCUUGGCUUCAAUAGAAUCUCAUCUAUUUCCUUGGAGCUUUGUGUGCUCCACAAAUUGACACAUUUGGAUAUCAGAAAUAAUUUUUUGACGUCUUUACCUGAGGAAAUGGAGGCACUGGCAAGACUGCAAAUAAUAAAUCUUUCUUUUAAUAGAUUUAAAGUUUUUCCCAGCGUCCUGUAUCGCAUGGGAGCACUGGAGACCAUCCUGCUCAGCAACAACCAGGUGGGGUCCAUAGACCCUCUGCAGCUGAAGAACAUGGACAAGCUGGGGACGCUGGAUCUGCAGAACAACGACCUCCUGCAGGUGCCACCAGAGCUUGGAAACUGUGAAACUCUGAGGACCCUGCUGCUGGAAGGCAACCCAUUCCGCACGCCCCGUGCAGCCAUCCUGGCCAAGGGAACAGCCGCCGUGCUGGAGUACCUGAGGAGCCGGAUCCCUGCAUGACGCAGGACAGACAGACAGGAACAGAAGGAACCUGUCUGACCAAGCGCUGCCAGGCUUUACUGCCCCGGCUGUUUGGUUUUAAUAUUGAUUGUAAUUUGCAUGUUAAGAACUCACCUAUGAGACGUUUUCCCCUCAAGGCUGCACGAUGCAGGAGUGUGUUUUGAAAUACCACAAUAUAUGUUUACACUUUUUGUAAUCAAGAAUGCUGUCGAAAGCUGCCUUCAGUAAUAGCAAUGAUGUUUUUUCUACAAUUAAGAUAAAGUUUAAAAGAAUUGUCAACAUCAAAGUAUUUGAGCAAAAGGCAGAAGUAAACACUUUGAUUUUGUGUACCUGUUUUACAAUCUCCUGUAAGGUGUUUAUCCCUCUGCUGGUGAUAAAACACUGGACCCCUCAAGCUGUGUGACGGUGCUGUGGACACGGUACGAGAUGCGCUGCACCCGUGCGCGUCUCACAGAAAAUAAGCAGAAGGUGGUUGCUGUUGGUAGCUGCACUGACACAAUAAAAGUUUCCAGGCGGA